AUGGGCAAGAAGAAAAAGACUCAGGUGUUCGUCCUCAAGCCGUGGUGCUGGUACUGCGAGCGUGAAUUUGAGGAUGAGAAAGUACUGCUGCAGCACCAGAAGUCGAAGCACUUCAAGUGCCAGCUUUGUCCUCGAAAGCUGAACACGGCCGGAGGUCUCAUGGUUCACUCGCAACAGGUGCACAAGACGGAGCCGGAGCCGCUUACGAACACGCUACCGGGACGCGAUGGAUUCGAGAUCGAGAUCUUCGGUAUGGAGGGUGUACCGACGAACGCGCUCGCCGAGUGGAAGGCUAGGAAGGAGCAGGAGGCUGGUGUCGCUGCGCUUGCGGCUGCCGCUCAGGCUAAGCGCCCGCGGUAUCAGUACAACGCGAUCCCGGAGGCGGACCUGAUGGCGGCUCUUGAACAGCACAAGGCGCUCAUGACUGCGAGGAGAAACGGCGCGAUCCCGCCGGCCUCUGUGCCGGCCAUGCCGCCGCCGACAUUGCCGGUUCCCCCAGCAGGCAUGCCUCCGCCUACGCUCCCGCCCGGAAUGCCGCCAUUCCCCGGAGGUGCGCCGCCGCCCCCACCGCCCGGCACUCUGCCGCCGUUCCGACCACCGUUCCCCUCCAACUUCCCCCCUCCUCCUCCCGGCAUGGUCCCCCCUGCCCCGGCACGACCGCCGCCCGCAUUCGUUCCUUCUGCGGCUUCCGCCCCUACGACAACAUCUGGACCGGGCACGCCGAUUGGACCAGAUGUCAUGCCGCCGCAAAACGGCGUCUUCUGGCCGGACAACAAUGCAACCCCGGCCGAGAAGCGUGCACAGCUGCCGAAGUACCGCUACACGUCUCCCGGUCCCGAGGAACGGGGGCAGAAGCGGAAAGCGGCGGCAGACUUCCUGUAG